GUGAGAGCAGCAGCAGCCAUGGCUAAAGACGGAGAGGAGUGGACAGGGACGGACAGCACGGCCGAUCACGCGCUGCUGAACGGACGGGGGCCUUAAAAUUGUUUUAUUUUUUAUUUAUUUUAACGUUAUUUUUUUCCAUUUUUAUAACCAAAGCGAAGGAUACGCUGGGAAAACGGACCUAAAAAACUGGAAAAGAUUUUUAGAUCUAUACGCACUGAAAGAACAUUUUUUAUGAAGGCGACAACAUAAAGGGAACUCAAACAUGAAAAUAAAUAAUUAAAAAAUAAGAAAAGCAAGAGCGAACAGCGCACAGAACUUGUACCGCAUGUGAGGACUUAAUCGUUUUCUCCACCUCCUACAUCAUCAUCUUCAUCUUCUUUGGACGCCCCCCCUCCUUUUGUGUUUUUAUUUUUUUUAUUUUUUUUUUUUUUUUGUUUUGUUUUGUUUUGUUUUUUUGCACCUCGCCAUUGAGAUAGAUGAUUUGCCCGCAAGCUUCAGCGCGCCAUGAACGCUCAGCUGUCGAUGGAGAACAUGGGCGACCUGAGCCAUGAUCCGGACCUGCUGCCGGGCGAGCGGACCCACCGCGGGAUGGGUCGGCCCGUGGUCAUGGAGGGCGGCGACUUCCUCCACCAACAACACCAACAUCACCAACACCACAGCCAGCAGCCCCAGGCUCAGCAGCAUCAAGGGCUGGCCAGCCACCUUCACGCUGCCAUGACCAUGGCUUGCGAGGCUCCUCCUGGGAUGAGCAUGAGCAGCACCUACACCACCCUCACUCCCCUGCAGCCUCUACCCCCAAUCUCCACCGUCUCAGACAAGUUUCCCCACCACCAUCACCAUCACCACCACCACCACCAUCACCAUCCUCCUCCGCCGCCACCUCCCCCUCACCCGCACCAGAGGAUUCCGGGCAACGUCAGUGGGAGCUUCACCCUGAUGCGAGAUGACCGGGCUUUGGCCUCCAUGAACAACCUCUACGCACCAUACCACAAAGAUGUUGGCGCUAUGGGCCAGAGCUUGUCCCCUCUGACUGGGUCUGGGCUGGGAAGCCUUCACAGCACCCAGCAGGGCCUUCCACCGCCCCCAUAUGCCCACCCGGGUGCUGACAAGAUGCUUGCACCCAAUGGCUUUGAGGCAGCGCACCACCCUGCUGUGCUGGCCAGGCAUGGGGACCAACACGUAAGCCCAUCAGCAGCCGUGGCGGCGGCUGGCAUGGUCCAGCUCAACGGCCUCCACCACCACCACCACCCUCACCAUCACCCACACCACCCUCAUGCCCACCUGGGCAACCCAGGACACGCCUCUGCUCUCGGGUCAACCCGGGAGCCUCUUGGCGGUGCGCAGGUGGGUUCCGCUGGAGCUCCUGGUACCCCAGGACAAGUGGAGGAGGUGAACACCAAAGAAGUGGCACAGAGGAUCACCACAGAGCUGAAGCGCUACAGUAUCCCGCAGGCCAUCUUUGCUCAGAGGGUGCUGUGUCGAUCCCAAGGGACCCUGUCCGACCUCCUCCGCAACCCCAAACCCUGGAGCAAGCUCAAGUCAGGUCGAGAGACCUUCCGCAGGAUGUGGAAGUGGCUUCAGGAGCCUGAGUUCCAGAGGAUGUCCGCGCUGCGCCUCGCAGGUGAGCCAGCAAUAGCUUGUAAAAGAAAGGAGCAGGAGCAGGGGAAAGGUGAGCGAGGGAGCAUCUCGAAGAAGCCCCGGCUGGUCUUCACCGACGUCCAGCGACGGACUUUACAUGCAAUAUUCAAAGAGAACAAGCGCCCGUCCAAAGAAUUACAAAUCACUAUCUCUCAGCAGCUGGGCCUGGAGCUCGCCACCGUCAGCAACUUCUUCAUGAACGCGCGCCGACGGAGCCUCGAUAAGUGGCUGGAUGAUGGCAGCUCCAACCCUGCCAACUCCUCCUCCAGCACUUGUACCAAAGCGUGACGGAGUUGUAUCCGGCUGCUGACUGACUGUCAAACCUUCGGUGGAAAAGCUUUAAAACUAAAGAAAACUUAACCAGAGACCUUCUGGACAGAGUUUUUGCCCUUAAAACUUGUACAGUACUGAUAUUUAUAAUAUCCAAAGAAAAAACAAACAAACCAAAGACUUCUUUGAUGCGUAUUUAAGACUUUGUUCGUUUAUGUCUGACAUACUGCAAAAAAAUCCCCCAAAGAAAAAAAAACAACAAAAAAAGAGUUACUCUCGAAUCAUUGGUUGUACGACUUCCACACGCACCCCUAAGGUCAUUCUCCUUUGACGUGAUUCGUUGCUUUAAUGGACCUUCUCCUCAUCACUGAUUGGACACUGAGUCCACCUUGGAGUGAUUGUUCUGUAUUUGUUUUUUGUUUUUUGUUUUUUUUAUUGCUUGAUAUGUGAUUUGAGGCGUGUGACGUCACAUGAAUUUAAGCACUGUGUCCAAACGGGCGCCAAAGAAUCUAAAGAAUCUGGCCCGUGGAGACAAGCACAGGUGUGACGACAUCAAACAAAUACACCUGGGUGUGCUUCAAGCCCCUAUGACACCCCCACGUUGCUCCCAACCAAAAAAAAAAAAAUCUGUGGGGCUCGUGGAUGUGAACAUGAAGCUGUAGCAUCUGUAGCAAGUUGUCCUUGAAUGCCACACUCCCUUGUAGUGCUUUCUUCCUAACUGUCGGGAACGUAGGAACCAAUUAUUUACACAUUUGUGUUUGCAUUCAUCGUCUUAAACCAGUUUACAUUGAGCAAUCAUAUGAAACAUGUAACCAAAGAAACCCUUAUGGGCCAAAUGAAAUGUUUCCCACAUGCCUUUUAGUCUUGCUCCAAAGAAAACGUUCAUCUCCAGCCUAGUCGUCAAGCUCAGACAGUGACUAAACCUUAGUUCGCAAUCCAGAACAAUGUGUCGCAUAGAUGACAUGCCUCAAACACCUUGAAGCUUUAAUCGAGCAGGUUACUAUUUAUAUCAUACAAAAAGCACUUCAAAGACAAGUAUUCACACUUUGUCGACUCCAUCCAAACCUUUGUCCUUCAGGGAGACUUUUGCUAGCUUUAACAUGCUUUGUAUCGUAAAUAUAUUUAAACAACGCCAGCAGCUAUACACCAAAGAUUUACACCUCACAGGGCAGUAUCAGUGUCUUAGAGCAUAUAAUCAACCAAUCAUAAGUUUCCAUAGCCCUGGAGGGACUUCAUUCCUCUGGACUGCAAAGGAUUAAUCAAAGCGACAAGCAGUGAUAGACGGGAGGUGUUCACCUCUCCUUCUAAACCCAUCAUUCUUGGCCAUUGGUAUUGAGCAUCUUCACAUAGACCACGUUUACGCCUGGUCACUUCAUACGUCUUGAGUGUCUUGAGUAUCAGGAACUCAUAAAAUUCCAAUCUUUAGGAAGUGUUCUGAGACACAGUUAACCGUCAGACCCCAAACACUGGUAGUAAUCUCUGUGCAAAACCCAAAUUUGCACAAUCCUUUCUAAACAAGAAUGGGACCUCAGUCCAGCUGACCAAAGAUAUAAUUGACAAGUGUAACUGCAUUACACUUGUGUGGUUAAAAUCUUAUCAGGAUACAACACAGAUACUAAUCACAUGAAGAGACCAGGUAUAAACAGGGUCUUAGUCCGUCCAAAGCUUUUCUCCUCCAAUGCUCAAUUCUCAAACAGCACAUACGGCAAUGUUGCCAGUGUCCAAGUGGACUGUCUAAAAAAAAGUCUGAAAAGUCCUGAAAGUCCUGUAUCAAAGCCACAACGACUGAAAUAACGCACAUGGUUUACACAAGGCUUUAGACCGGAAAUAAAGAACUAGAUUCUAUGCAUUACGCAGUUCGGAAGAAAGCACUAGGACCUUUUGCAGGUUCUCGGCGAGAGUGGUGUAUUCGGCGUGGAGAGGCCCAGUCGAUAGACGGCACUCCAGCUCUGUCACAAGAUUUCUGGCCUUGUUGUCCCUUGUGGCUUGAUUAGCUUUAAACUGAAGAAGUACAUAUAUUCGGUACCCAUUUUGGAUGUGUUCCAACAGCAAAGCGAAGAGAAAAGUAUGCUGCUUCUUCUUCAUGGUGUAGAAAAGGCAAAAGAAAAAAAUGAAAAAAAGAGCGACAAAAAAAAAGACGAAACGUGUGUUAAGACUUACUGAUAUUUAUAGUGCGAACCAAAGAUGCUACCUCACUCAGUUUCCAUUGGUGAUUUCUAUCACGUUAAUGAUACCAAAGAAUACCAAAGAUUUUUUCUCUUUUUGCACGGCCUAUAUGAAUGAAGUGGUGGAUAAAUAGAUGGUGUGAUGACCCUUUUCCUUGACGCCCAUCCUUUCCCCCUCUCCCUCCUGUCCACCUUGUCCUUCCCUUUCACGCAGCGUGGUCCCAUUCUCAUCAUCCGUGCUCAUGUGACAGCGCCCUCUGCAGACACGCCCGCAGACUUUGUCGAACUCACAGGACGAGUGCCUUGCUUGAACCAAAGUGUUAAACCGCUGUUGACCUCUCUACUUUCACCUUCUUGGAAUACCUCAGCCUCUAGAGGGGCCACUGAUGAAGAUGAUAAAAAACGGAAUUAUUUUCUCUCUUUCGCUCUCUCUCUAUCUGUCUCUCUCUCUCUCACCGUGGUGCUUUUGCCAGUGCAGCCAUGCAAUGAAAACAUACCAAAGGAAUUUUCUUUCUCCACCUCUUUGUGCUGAUAAACCAAAGCUCCUCCUUCUUUCUUCCCCUUUACAUCACACCCCGUAAAACAACACACAAUCUAGACCCACACCCACCCCAACACCUGCCCCCCCCCCCCUGUUGUUCACAUCACCUGGUAGGCGUGUCCACCGUUUUUUGGGCCGUGUAUAUCUUUAUUACCGAUGUCUCUGAAUACCUCAUAGUAAUAAAUUCUUACAGUUCUGUUGUAUAGAAAGUCUAUGUGAUUGAGGCAGAACCUAGUUUGGUAAAUGUUGAGUUACUUUAAACAAACAAACAAACAAACAAACAAAAAAAUAUCUUUAUGAGUAUUUAUUUUGAAGGUUUGGCUCAAGUGCUCUGGUCAAUGAAGGCAAGUUUCUACAAGUUUGCGGGUUUCGGGAACUUGCAGGGAGGAAAAAAGAGAAACGUAUUUUUUAUUAUUAAGACAUUGUGUUAUUCCGAUGCUAUAAGGAUGGUAGACUAUUCUUUUUUUACAGGGUAAAACCAACUGCUGUGAUGCUGUGUUUCUAUUUUUCUCUUCUCUCUGUUUCCGUGUUUGUGAUUUUCGUUUAAUUUAAAUUGAGUUUUUGUAUCACUUAAUUUAUGUAUUUGUAGAAAAUAUAGAUUUGUAUAUAGUAGGAUUUUUUGAAAAAAAAAUGAGAAAAAGAAAAACAAACAAGACCAAAAAAACAGGACGUUCCGUUUUUAUGUUACGGCCUUCCGUUGGAAGUGCAGACGCACUGGAUCUGUGUGGUGGGUUGUGUCUCGGCUGGCACUCCGUUCUGCAUCGUGAAAACACUGCCAGACACGUCGGCGUUUGUGCCGCCCUGCCCCCGACCCCGGAAAACACAAACACACACUUCCGUAGAACGUUCUCCGCCACUCCACAGACUAACCAAAAAAGCAGUGUCCUAUGAUUUCCGUUAUCGUUACUAGUUCAUACAUCCUAUUUCUGUUUGACAUGAAGCAGCGUCUCUCAGUCCUUGCUCUGGCUUACUGUUGCUGUGGGUACUUAUAGUGUUUCCUUGCACUAAUACUUGCCAAAGAGCUGACAAGUUGAAUCAGGUGCACUGCUGCGCUAAACGUUUGCCAGACAGCCGUACCCCAAGGCAAAGAUUGAAAUACGCUGAUAUGAACGGUUGUUCCAUGGACAUAACUGCACAUCCAAAGAUUUAUACAAACCAAAUGGUCAGAAAAUAUGCGCAAGUGUGUGAUGAAAAAGCACUGGCAUCUGUGAGGCAGGCUUGGAAUCGAGUCCGCACGGGUAUAGAAGGGUAGAAGGUGUGUUUAGGUACUUUGUAGACGAAUCUACUGGUGAACGUGUACAAUCUGAGGCUUGUGUGUAGCCUUACACUCUUUCGCUGUGUCUUGAAUACAUGGAUAGAGACGAGACGAGGCAGCAGGUCUGCCGGGACAGGAGCCACAUCAACUGGACGCCUUUUUUGAUUUUUUAUUUUUUUUUUGACGUGGUGGCGCUGUCUGGUUCCGUUCUGCGGUGAACACUCGUGUGGCGACAAACGAGCAAAGUAAUAAACCUGCGAAUGAAAGUAUUACCAACAAAUCAGUGUGUGUGUGUGUGUCUGUGUGUGUGUGUGUGGAGUGAUUGACUUUUACUGAUGUUUCUUUAAUUGUAUUGGGUUAGCUCCCUACUACCAUCUCUCACCAGAAAGGUUUUUGGAACAAUGCCAUAGAACAACCACUUACAGUUCAAUCGAUGGCUCUUUAGAGAAUUAUAAGAUACGGGUGUGAAGAACCACAAAAGUGGUUCUAGGAAGAUCCAGUUCAAUGGUUUAAAACAUCUACGCUAUGUAAAUCUUUUAAACCAUUGAAAUGUUUAAAACUCUUUCUUUUUCAGACAUGGUUCUCUUUUUCAACAGUGUUUCUCAAAAUGCUCCCCAGAUUGUUGGUUCUGCUCAACAAACAUUCCUAUAGGGAUCUCUAAGGACCAGUUUGAGAACUACUCCUUUGGAGUUGCUGGGUGGGCCCGUACUUUCCACGUUAGUGACCCAGUUAUGGUUUCUUUUUCCAUUUGCUGUGUUACUAAAUAAGAACCAGAAGGUGCAUGGGGUCUCCUAAUAAUCAUGCGUAUUGUGCUGUCAUUGGAUGCGUCUGGCAAGCUAGUUCGUCUUGUAUUGUUGUAGCUAAUUCUUCAAAACAGCACAAAAUGUCCUCUGGAAAAUCUGAACAUUACCACUUAAUGCAAGUGUGCUCUCCACAGAACAAUAUGUGGUAUUAGUCACUAUUGUAAUGGAAAUAUAACAAUUAGGCCACAGAAAACAUACCCUAGAGUGGUUCUUCUAUGGUAUUGUUUCUCAAAUUUUGCUCCAAAGCAGAUCAAAACCCGCGAGGUUAGAGCAAAACACCAUUGGAAGGGCCUCAAAGAUUGGGUUGUGAAACACUGUGUCACUUUUUUGGGUUCUUUGAGCAAUGCCAUAGAUGAACCCAUAGGUGUUCUUUAAGGAAAUAUGUCUGAAAAAAAAUGUUUCUGUUUGUGUAAAGCUUCUUUACCAUUUUAAAGGAUCCUCUCAGAGCCUUUACCCAACAGAGAGUUCUUUUAACGUCUUAUUUACACAGAUUUCUCGGCAAAAGUGGUGUGAAUUAUUUUUUUCUUUGAGCAGUGACAGUACCUUUAUCUGGUGGCAGUGAUUGUUGUUUCUUUUCAGUUUAGUCCUGUGUUCACACACACACACAUACACACACACACACACACAAUACCUUGCUUAAAGUGCAUUGCCCCUGUUUCCUCUGGUGAACCACUUUGAUGGAAGAUCCACAGAGUUCCUGCUAAGUUCUCGUGAAGCUCACUCUCAAACCAAAGCUCAGCAUUAGUCUCUGAAAGAGCUGGUUAGAAGUUGACUUUGUAGGAAGGUGGAUUGGUCAGGUUGAUGACCACUGAUGUAACCCCUUAAACUGAAAUAUAAAUCUGGGAUUAAGAUUGAUUAAACUAAAAUUUAAUAAAAGUGAUUUUGUUAACUAUUCAGUAACUAAAGGGGUUAAACACACUUCCGCUGCGAGACAGUCAAGACGUAACGUCCAACCAAUUGCAGAAGGCAAAGCACGGUUCCCCGGGAUCCGCCUCCUCCUUUCCCUUCCCCUCCCUUCCUCCCCUAUGAAAUAUCCUUCUGUCCCGUCCUGGCAGAUUGUAGUGCGUCUCUUAGAUAGCUCGUUGUACGUGAAUGUUGGGAUUUUUGCUCUAAUCAUUUCUACCCGUCCCAGUUGGUUGUCGUGGAAAAGGAGUUUCCGUUUGAUACGAAAGGCCUGGCUCUGUGUGCCCUACAAUAUUUAGAGCGCCUAUGACAAUCAUCUGGAAAACAAACAAAAAAUCAUGCUUUCAUUUAUUUUCUCUCUUACUAUCUUCCUUUUCCUUCAAGCGAUGAUCAUAUUUAGAGGCUGGAAGGCUUUUUUGACUUGAGAAAAAAAUGCUGUUUUUUUUUUCUUUUUCUAAAGGAAGCAGUAGCUCUAAAUGUGUUACCAUGACUAGCCCAGCACUUCCUAUGUUUUUAUUUUUAAAUUAUUUUCUUUUUGUCUCUCUCUCUCUCUCUUUCUCUCUCUAUUUCUCUCUGACUAUGAAUCAGAGACAUCUUACCCAGUGCUAUUUUCUAUACUGUAUGUCUGGUAAAGGGAAGCGAAGCCUUAGGCCUCCCUCUCCCGCUGUGUUUCUGUAACGCUUCAUGCUUUAAGUUGCCAUUCUGCUUUAACUUAACUGAACUUGCGUGCUUUUUCUUUCUCCUCUGAUUUUUUGCUACUGUUUUCUCUCUCUCUCUUUCUCUACUUCUCUAUUUCUCCUUCUCUCUCUCCCUCUGCCGUGCAAUAUCAUCUACUGUGUUUGCUAAGCAAGAAAAAAGAGAAAAAAGAGAAGCAAGUGAUGAUGUCAUCAUGCUUUUUUCAGUGUUGAAAUGUUUCAGCAUUUCUGUAGUCACGAAAAGUGUAGAAAAUAAAAAAAGUUGGGUUUUCCAGCACAGCAAA